GAGCCCCAAAUCCUACACACCGCCCAGCGUUCAUCUCUGAUAUACACAUCGACAAUGUCGGGCUCCUCCAAUAUUGUAGCGAUGAAAAAAGUCGUACAGCAGCUCCGCUUCGAGGCGAGCAUAAACAGAGUCAAGGUCUCCCAGGCAGCUGCAGACCUUCAACAGUUCUGCAUGCAGAACGCCCUGCAAGACCCUCUGCUCACCGGUGUGUCCUCAAGCACCAACCCUUUCAGGCCGCAGAAGGUCUGCUCCUUCUUGUGAAACCACUGCAUUCAUUGGCCUUCAUUUUGAUGCUACAGGGAAAAGUUGACCUCAACACUGCUCCUCAUGCCAAGCCAUUAUACUGCCACGGGAUCUCUUUGAGUGUAGAACACAUUGGCAUCAUGUCAGGAAGAUGAUCAUCUAUUUUCAGCCACAGUAGAAGAAAGGAGACAGUUUUAUUUUUCAUGGCACAGUGUGAUUUUCAAGUAAAUUAUUGUGCCUUUUCUAUUGUUCUAUUUUAGUCAUCACUGUUCUGGACUUUUUUGUAUUUAAUGAAUAAAAACAUUCUUUAUUACUCCAAUGUUGGCUGAUUGAUUAGCUUUCUAUUUUCUGCUACUCAUCAAUUUGACAGAUGAUAGAUGUAACAGCUUGUGAAAACCAGCUGAUGGAGCUCUGCCAGGAGCAUUUCUAUGUUUUAAUAGGUAAAAUAAACAGCUUAUAUCUAAAACAUGAAAUAAAAAUUUGAAAUAGCUUAAAAGUCA